AUGCUGCGCGAGCUGGACGGAAAAGACGCCGCGGCAACAGAAGUGUACGUAAGGGAAAGCGCAGUGGAGGACAGAAUGUCAAAGUGCCCGUUUCCCUUGCCUCAGGAUUGAGCAGAUACGUGACAAGCAUAACUCGGCGAUCCUUCCUCCAUAUGUUGACCUAGAUGCUGACGAUUCUGACAAGGUACUUCGCCACGCACGCCCACCUACCGACCCACCGACGCAUCCAUCCCACGCUCUCUCUUCCAAUCUGUGUGCAGGAGGGCGUAGCGAAGGGCAAGGGCAAGGCGAUGAUGUCCCGCUGCAUGCCGUAAGAAAGGGGAGACGGGGGAGGGGACGAGAGCAGCCAAGCCGCACCUGCCCUCUGUUUUCAGGCGUUUCAAGAUGACGCUGUCCAAACUGAAGGCUCGCACUCAGCCCAAGGACAGAGGUACGCAUGGGCCGAUACACAGAGCGCCACACGGACACACACAUCUCCAUCCUUCUGGCUGUUUACACAGCUGGAGGGCCACUGGGAUGGUUCCGCCAUGGCAAGUCCACCACCAACACCUUCAACGACGCCCCGCCCAAGGGCAUGGUGGCACAGCAGGAGGACGAGACCAUCAUCGACACACCGAUCAUCGCCGGCGGCACGGACCUCAUCGGCACGGUGCAACAGGAGGACCCGGACACACCGCUCAUCGAGACGGUCCGCGCCGCGCCCACCAUGAUAGAUGCCAAGCUGGCCCUCCCUGGCGGCAGCGCUGACCGUCACUACUUCAGCAGGUGACUGACGUGCACACCACACACACACGUCACAUGUGCGGUCGCUAAACGUGUGUGGCUAUACGUGUGGAUGGAUGUGUGUGCAGACACGUGCUCCGCGCUGCGACCGAGGACGAGAAAGAGGCGGCGGAGCACGUGCACGAUGCCAUGAAGGCGCUGCACUACCGGGGGGAGGAGGACGACGGCUGCCACACGUAG